AUGAAGGUUAUCAUAUCUCUUGCUCUGACAGCGCUCGUAGCAGUUUGCAGUGGGCAAACCACCAACUAUUGUACCGCGGGCUUAUGUUCAGCUGGUAAAACUCAUAUUGCGUGCAAUGGGCUGACAACUCUCAGCAGUACCUGUGGGGCAGGUGCUUCUGAAGCGACCCUGGACAGCACUAAGAAGAACUUGAUCGUGAACGUUCACAACCAAUUGCGUAACACUGUCGCCCUGGGAAAACAGGCCAACGGUGCGGGCCAGUAUUUCAAUCAAGCCGCCAAGAUGGCUACGUUGCAAUGGGACCAAGAGCUGGCCGAUAUCGCUGCUGCCAAUGCAAGAAGUUGCGUUUUCGGGCAUGACAAGUGCCGCAAUACGGCUACCAUGAAGUACGUUGGCCAGAACAUUGCCAUGUCUUCGUACUCCGGUAUGAGCUUUACCGAUGAGGAAUUAAUAACCGGGUUUGUCAACGAUUGGUUCAAAGAAAAUAAGGAUGCUACCGCAUCGCAAAUGGCAAGCUAUCCUGCUAAUUACAAAGGCCCUACAAUCGGUCACUUCACCCAGGUCGUAUCGGACCGCUCGAGCAAGGUGGGAUGCUCUUUGGUGAGCUACAUUCAGGACGAUUUCGUCAACCAGCUGUUUGUGUGCAACUACGGGUUAACUAACAUUGUCAAACAAUCAGUCUACGUGGCAGGAACGGCGUGCUCCAAAUGUACUAUCGGUUGUAAUACCGCAUAUCCCGGCCUGUGCAGCGCAGCCGAACCCAUUACCAACAACCCCUAAGUGGAAAGGAUGUAAAUUUAUGAAUCGUUGUUGUGUUUGAACAUGAAAAAAAAAAUAAGUUAAUCAAAUUGUGUUCUAAUGGUCAGUCAUCAUUUCAUUCCAA